UUAGCUCGUUUUACAGCUUUAUUGUUUGUAUUUGAAUUUGCAACUUUUAUAUUUUAAUUAUGAAACGCGUUGAGAGCCCCAUGUUGCCCAAGCAGUCAUUCCCGCCUGGUCCAUCGCCAACGCAGCGUAAUUUUCUGCGCGAGAACAAGCUGCUCGCACGGCAGACGCCAGUGCUGAUGCUGCGCCGCCCGGAGCGCCGCUGGCCCAACUAUGAGCUGCCCACAGCGGCCUCGCUGGCGCGGCAGUCAGUUGCGCCGCCGCUGAAUGUGACGCAGCGGCGUCUGGUCAAUGGCGGGCGCAACGAACGUGCAACGUGGCAGAGCAGUCAGCGGAGUCUGCUGCGCUCGGAGAAGGAAAUCCAGACGGAGGACAUCAAUGACGAGCAGUUUCUCAAUGCGGCGCUGCUCAAGUGUGCCGAAGCUCAUGAGCAGCAGCAGCAGCAGACGCGUCUGCCGCGCGCCUGCAGUGAGGGCGAUGAGUUGCCCGCACCGCUGAACGCUGGCCACAGCAUAACCCAUUGCCUGAGACGCACUGCAUCCAAUUUCGAGCUGGGCAAAAUGCCCGUACAACGCGCCAGCUACCAGUCCAUGCUGCGCGCGCUGGCCGUGUCGGACAAUUUGCCCAGCGACUUGGAUUACGCCGCGUCUUAUGCAAAGGCCCAGCAAACAGCGGACAACGCUUCCAUUGGAUCAGAAGCGUGCGCGCCCGCCGUCCUGCAACUGGCCAUGCCGAAUGUCACAGACGUUGAGCAGGAGCUGCAGAUUGAUCACUCGCUCAGCUCUAGCUCUAGCUCCAAACAUCAGUUAACAGCAGCAGCUGCAGCAGCUGAAGAGUCGCCAGUGGAGCCGCAGCUGGAGGUGAUUUUACCGCCUCCACAGCCGCAACUGCCACAACAAGUGCUGCUGGAGGAGCCGCAACGUGCUCUGCUAGUGGCCGCGGCACAGCAGCGUUACCGCCAGCUCAUCUGGGAGUACAAUCAUUUGCCCAUUGCGGUAUCAACGCUGCGCGUGCGUAAUUUGAAAAUUCAAUUGGAGCAAGAGCUGGACAUGGUUGACAACGAGCUGACUGUGCUCAAUCUGCCCCAGGUCUAUAUACAUCGUGAGCAUCUGCCGCAGCUCUCCGCUCAGCUGGCUUAAAUCUAAACUCAAGUGACUUUAAAUAAAGAUUUGCAAUUCCUGUGUGUUUAC